UCUCUAAGCCGCAUUCGUCAAUUGCUUGCAUCUGGCCCGUAAAAGGGUCCCUGUCGCAGCGUGCCUCGAGCAUUGAAAAAGAGGAUACCAUCCCAUGACAAUGGCUUCCGCCGCGCAACUUGCGCCUCGAUUCAACGUCUUCAACGACACGAGCUUCUCCAGCGACUGUGAGAGCGACCAAUCAGCCGUUGACCUUGGUAGCAACACCUUUGUUCCUUUGCGUAGCAUUUCCGCGUCCAACACCCAAAAUCGUCAAGCUUCUGGUCCACAACCGGGUUCAUGUGAAGCUUCAAGUCCAGUUGUGGAGUCGCUGACUGCCGACCUCGAGAAGUUGCAUCUUCGCGAGUCCCAAGAAUCUGAACUCUUCAAAGGCAAGCCAGUGCCUAACCUGAAAGCCUUGUCACAACCUGGCAGCCGAUUGACACGUCUUUCGAUCCCGCACAACAUCUUCGAAGUACUUGAGACAGUUCCUGAGGACGAUUGUCAGGAGCCCUCCACAUCCGCGGCUGUAAGUGUUUCGAAUGAUAGCCAGCAUUAUAUCGAAGUCCCAGUCCAUCAAUAUAGGCGGCAUCCUAUAGCAACCGCUGCGCAGCAUCUUCCGUCCGCUGAGGAACAACUAGCCAAGCAUCGCAAAGGGAACUACGAAUGGGUACUGACUGUUAGAGUGCCCAAGCAACCAUCUUCGGACGACACAGGUUUUCCGCCACCUGCGUCGAAAGAACUUUGCAAUACUAUCAAGCUCUGCUUUGGUUGCAAUCUCUUCCCUAGCAAGACACAUCCUAAGGCUGACCAGGAUUCCACUCAAGGCUCAUAUACCCUUCUUGUAACACCGCUGCGAAGUAAUGCUGAAUUAGACGCGGCCACGCAACUGACCGACAAGGAGAGAAAUAUGGCCUUGACCAUAGACAUGGCUAAGCCGGCUACGCCGUCAAAGUCGCUCCCUGUCUAUUCGGAGGUGGUCGUUGGAGACGUUUCGCCAAAGUCUACGAUAUCAGCUGAAGCCGACAGCUUUGUGGAAACAAUCACGUCAAGGCCACUCGUAGAGCCAAUGGUUGGGAUCGAGAAUCCGAUCGAGGCGUUAGACAAACUCGAAGAGCAGCUCGAAGAAUUUGAUAUGGCUGCAAGUAUGGGGGACCUAGCCACGCAUAACGUAGCCAGACCUUCUGUGAAGUCCUUGGUAAAGCCUCUUUCAUCGGACACCUGCGAGGAUAGGCGUGCGACCCCAAAAUCUGUCAAAACCGCUCCCAAGAUCGGUGUAUCAACACUCAGGAUCAGACCCAUUGAGCCUAAACGGUCUCCGAAUUCUCGCAGAUCAGCCUCGAUGAUAUUCAUGGACCCGCCCAAACUGCUUGAUUCGCCAAAGCUAAAGAUGGAAGACAAGGCUCUCGUUCAGGCUCCACCAAAGAAGGCAGCGCGCAAGGAACUGACAAGCCUGCUGCCGCCGAAACAGCCCGUCAAAUCAACCAAACUGCCUACUGUUCCCGCGUUCGAACUUCCUGGCGAGGCUGUUGCUCGUCGUCUCAAAGAGAAACGAGAGGCACGCUUGUCGAUGGCGGCUGGUACUAAGAAACCAGAAGCACGAACGAUACCUACCGUCAAUCGUUCAAAGUCAACUAAACGUCUUGCACGACCCACGUUCGAGCUACCUGGAGAAGCUAUCUCACGGCGUAAGCGGGAAGAGCAACAAGCUAAACUGAGGGCCCAGGAGGAGGAGGAACGCAGGCGUCGCGAAUUCAAGGCCAGACCAGUUCGAGCAGGCGGUAUACCAAGCUCGGUUCCUCGUGAUACAGCUACGAGCCGUGCACGACAGGCCAAGGGACCACUUUCAGGGAAGGCAAAUCUGUCAUCGCCAAGCCCAAACAAGCGAAUCUCUACUGUGGCCCCUCGAGGACCGACAACAGGCGCAAGUCACAAUUCUCAAUCCCGCGGGCGGCUACUCACGACGGAGUCAUCCCAGCUCAGCCGCGCGACAUCCAGCUCCACUGGUAGCAUCAGCGGCAAGCGCAGCUCCGUGUCAUUCGAAGACACGCAAGCGCAGCGUCUACGCGGCAAGGAGAUACUUCGACGGGACAGCAUGUAUGGCCAAGAUCGGCAACGCGAGAAACGAGAGCGCGAGGCUCUUGCCCGUCUCGCCAGAGAAGAAGCGGCAGAGCGCUCACGUCAGAAGAGCCGUGAGUGGGCCGAGAAACAAAAGCAGAAGCGAAUGACCGUUGGUUCUUUGAGAGAUGUAGUUGCAACAUCCUCAUAACCAUAGUUAAGCUCUCUUCUUUGUACGAACUUGUAUCAGCAUUUGUGUUUGGGACUCGAGCGCCGAGUUUGGCGUUUAUGAAAGGUGUAAUUACAUCUCU